AUGGCAGCGAUUCUAAAACAAAAAGAUUUAUUUGUGACGCUUAAAAAAGAGACGAUUUUGAACAUAGGGAUUUUAAAUAAGCUACAGCCGAUGACUUCAGAGAUUCAUCUAUUAAUAUUUAAAGAAAAUGGACUUGAGAAACCAACUCAAACUUUGUUCAAUCACCUUUCUUAUUAUUUGGUCAAUAUCAUCGACCCUCAAGCCUGUGCAUCAUUGCCUUGGCCUUUGUAUGACACUAAGAAUGAAAGAGCAUAUAGAAAUGAGUUAUCUAAUUUUGUAAGUGAUUAUAGCAGCAAGGGACUAAUCGCGCCAGUUAUGUCAUCAUAUUUUGUUAAUCCAGGUUGCUACAAAGUAACUAUCCUUAUUUUUCAAUUAUCCCAGCUGGCCGUGCAAUGUGUGCUUAUUCCUAAAAUGAGUGAGGACCCUAAGAAAAAAUUAUACAGUGAGGUCACAGAUAAAUAUAAAGCUCUGAAAGAUGAAGAUUUUAUUGAAUAUAUUGAGAAUGAAACUCAUGUUAUGUUAUUAAAGUUUUCCAACUAUUUAAAGAAACGACAGACCCUGGAAAAAAUUGCAGAAUUAUUCAGAAACAGAAUAUCAGAAAUGGAGGCUAAAUUAGGGGCAACAAAUUCGCAAAAAUAUAUAAAUGGUUUAGUUGAUGCAUACAUUAACAAAUACAAUCCUAAUGAAAUAGUUAAAAUGGAGUUAUUGAAAAUUAAAAAUGUUAAAGAAUCUUGUGAGAUAUUUGAUAUGUGGUUAAAUGAAACUGAUAGAUUAAUGGACACAUUGGAAUCUAACUGGGAUGAAUUACAUACUCCAUUGUUAAAUGCAGCUACUGCAGCACUAGAGAAUAGUAAAGCUUUAAUAGGCAGACAUACGGGAGAAAUUGACAGAAGUUUGUUUACAAUUGAGUAUAGCCCUCAAACUGAUGCAAUUUGUACAAAAGAACUUCAGCAUCUGGUUAACAGCGAACAGAAGUACAUCUUGAAAAACAUAGAAAAGAAUGGUUAUCUGAAUUUCCCUAAUUUAGUCCGCAGCUUUGUCAUAGCUGUUUGUUUCAUUUUAAGGAACAAUGAGAUUGGAGAUGAAAUUUAUAAAUUCAAUCAAUAUUUAGACAGAGGACUCCAGAAUUAUUCCGAACUUAAAUCUGCCAUGAAAAUAGUGAAUGAGAGAGUUUUAAAUGCCGAGUCUAAACUUCAGGUUGCCCAAGUUAGUGGAAGCCAUUCACCAUCUCAGGAAAUUAUUGAAAUCCCACCUUUACCUGACUUAUCAAACUUAAAGGCACACAGAGAUGGACAGUUUCUAUUUGAUUCAUUCACACCAUUGAGUCUAACAAAACAUCAAUUUAAUUUGAGAAGGAAACUCAAUCCAAAUUUCUUGAAACCACAAAGAAGGUCUUUACUGAUGAACCACUUUACUGCUCCCAGAGAUGAUUUCCUCAAAACGCUUAUAUCCUGUAGAGUGAGCACAUAUGAUAGAUCCAAUAAUACUCAAAACAUACACAAUAUGUCUGUAAUCUCGCAGGCCCAGAAAGCUAAUGAAACUAUAGCUGAAUGUUCAUCUGGCUUUACAAAACAGCAAAUUUUAAGGUUACUUUCAACUAAAAGAUCAAGCAGCUCCAAAAAGUUCAAAUAUAAGACUGAAAGGCCGGAGAUUAAGGUGAAAAAAGGUGGUUUGUUCAAUGAGUCCAUUACUUCUAAUGAGAGCAGUGGUCUGUUUCGGAGUUACUCAUCUCCAAACUUAAUUGAGAAUAGAGAGACAAAGCCUAUAACUACAGGAAGAGCAAGAAAGUUGUCUAUAAUGCAAGAAGACAGUCCAAAUUCAAUUUUUGAAGUCUCUGGUAUAGCUGCAUUAGAUAAAAAUAGUAAUUUUAGCACACCUCAGGGUGGCGGUGGCGUGGAAAACACAAAAUUUGAUUCGUCAAGCCAGCCUAUAAUAUCUAUGGUAAAAGAUUCUGAAAAGGGAGUGAAUAAUAUUUUAGAUAACAUUCAAGUUGAUUUAAAUAAGGAAAUUGGGGAUGGUAGUAUAAAUUCUGAAAUAUCGUCAUAUAAUGAUGAAAAAUGUCUGGAACUUCAAAUACCUGAAAUAAAAGUUGAAACACCCCAAACAAAUGCACAGCUCAUUAGAAAAACAAGUUCUUUAGAGAAAAUUAUAAAUCGUUUUAAGAAAGUCCGUGCAAAUGUUUUACAAUCUGUGUCAUUUGAAUCACCAAAAAAUAUUAAAACAAUUGUGGAAGAGAAAGAAAACAAUUUUAAUACUGUCAAUGUGGAUGUGUUUUCUGAAAAUAGAACUUUAUUACCUGAUCUUAUAAGUCUAAGUUUUAAUACAUUGCCAAAAACAACUGUUACUUUUGUAGACAGUAUCUGCCUGGAUAUUGAUGACAAACAACAACCUAGGAGACCUAGAGAAAGCCUUGGUACUGCUUUAGGAGUGGACCAUACAUUCUUAGAUCAAUUUGAUUUAAUUGACUGA